CCUGUCUUUCCAUCGUUGCAGCUACAUUUCCAACUGGAUUUGACUUUCUUUUUUUUUUUACUGAUGGGGCCUUUAACAUAUAAAUUUAAACAUUUAGGGCGGAAUUAUUAAUACCGCAUUUCCACUUAGCAUUUCGAAGUGCACUCGGUCGAUUAUUUUAAGCGGAUAUUCAACAUAAUACAUCAAAAAUAAUGUUCUGCAGAAACCAAACUUCCAGAGCCACAGUGGCUCGUGGAUCUGCAAUGGAGAUGGAGGUGAAGAGAGGACGAUUCCGGCUGAGCGUGCUGGAGGAUUCCGCACAGGACUGUAAGGUCCAGGAACAGAUUGAAAGGGAGGUCAGGAUCAGAGAAGGGGCUUGUAAGCUGUUAGCUGCUUGUUCUCAGAGAGAUCAGGCUCUGGAGGCCUCCAAGACCCUCCUUACCUCUAACAGUCGCAUAAUGGCACUCAUGAGUCAGCUGCAACGCAUGAAGGAAGCCCAGGCCAUGCAGAAAGCUGGACGCAGGUCAUUUGAUGGCGGGGCUUUUGAUGAGAGAUUACCUUGCACAGGAAAAGUAGCCAUUUCAGAUAUCCGCAUUCCUCUUAUGUGGAAAGACUCUGAGUACUUCAAAAACAAAGGGGAGCUGCACCAGUGUGCUGUGUUCUGCUUGCUGCAGGUUGGGAUAGAGAUACAUGACACCGAUCUCGUAAUUGUGGACAGAACACUCACAGACAUCUGUUUCGAUGACACAGUGAUAUUCACUGAUGUACCUCCAGGCUUCGACCUGCGGGUGGAGCUGUACAGCUGCUGUGUGGAGGAGGAUCUCAGCAUGGGCUUCUCCACACGGAGACGGAGCCGGCUCGGAAGCUCUGUUACACGUGCCUCCAGUAAGAAAUUCACGGCAACUCUGGAGACGGCAGCUUCCUGCGGUUCCCACAGCAGCGGGUCGGGAUCCGGGGAAGGGGGGUCACCUGGAGGAGUGUCUCCGGUACUGCUGCCUGCCCUGUCUGUGCAGGGCCCUAAAUAUCAGCUCCUCGCACACACAUCUCUGACCCUGUGUCAUGUACAGAACUCUUUCCGAACCCAUGACCUGACCAUAUCUGGCACAGAGGACUCCUCUUUCUGGUUGCCACUAUAUGGCAAUAUGUGCUGUCAGCUUGUGGCCCAGCCUCUCUGUAUGACUCAAGAGGUCAUGAGUGGAAAACUCAGAGUUCGGCAGUCAGAGGCCAAUCCGGAGGACUGGAGAGACGUCUACGGUGUCCUGAAAGGGGCUGAUUUAAAGUGUUACCAGCAGCAAGAUGAUACUGAAUCUUUAGAGAAACCAUUGUUCACUAUUCCAAUUAAUAAGGACACUCGUGUGCGUGCCACAGACAGAGAUCCUGCAUUAAAUACAAAAAGUAUCACUAUAAGUAACCAGUCUGCCAGUGAGACUACAUACACACUUCUCAUGCAAACGCCUCAAGACACACACAGCUGGAUGGAAGCGUUCUGGCAGCAUUUCUAUGACAUGAGCCAAUGGAAACAGUGUUGUAAUGAGUUAAUGAAGAUUGAGGAGCCAUCUCCACGAAAACCAGUAGCGGUGACAGUGAAACAGGGCUCUUUGUAUCAUGAAAUGGUGUUCACUUGAUCCUGGUGACCCUGCACUGACUGACAACACCUACUUCAUUCUGUCACAAAUGUUUUAUCCUUGUAACCAUACAUUUUUAACUGUUGUAUAUGUUGUGUAGUCUUUUACUUUAAUGUUUUUCUAUAUAUAACUACUAUAUGUCAUGCUCCAAUAAAAAAUUAA